GGGCUCAUGGCAUAAGACGAUGCCUUGGGAGGGUGAUCGCACGGAGUCCGAGCUGCCAGAGGUGGCCCUUCCCGAGCCGCCCACGGUCGAGCCUGCCGCAUCGCAGCAGGAGUCUCCAGCAGUUGUGCCGUGUGCAGUGCAAGCCUUCCCUCCGGAGGCCCCGCCGGCUCGCCCAGUGUUCUGUGAAGUCUUUAGCGGUUCUGGGCGGCUUUCUUCUGCCUUUCGGGCUCUAGGGGUUCAACAUGUGGCGGUUGACGCCCCCUUUAAUCGUCAUAAGCCCUCAGUGGACACUUGGGCCCUCGACUUGACCGCUUCGGAUUCGCAGCGGCUCUUGCUGGAGCGCCUUGAGCAGUCUUCGCUGCUUGCGAUUCAUGUUUCCCUGCCUUGCGGAACCGGCAGCAGAGCCAGAGAGCGUCCCGUGCCGAAGGCUCUCCGUGGAAAAGGUGUACCGCAGCCGCGCCCGUUGCGCAGCGCUGAUCAUGUGUUUGGUGUCCCAAACCUCUCCGAUGCUGAGCAGGCAAAGGUCCAGGCUGCUAAUGAGUUGGCUCGCUUCACUGUGGAGCUCUUCGCCCUGGCCGAUCGCAAGGGGUGUUUCUUUAGCGUAGAGAAUCCCGAGAACAGCUGGAUGUGGGCUGUGCUGGCUAGCUGU